UCUCCACCCGCGCAAAUCUCGAAGCGGCGUCCCCACGGCCCCCACUCCCGGGGAAUUCCUGCCGGCCGCCUCCGCCACGAACGGCCACCACCCAACCCCACUCGCCCCGUCGUCCUCCCUCCCCAAUCCCCAUAGCGCCCGCUCUCGCGCCGCCCGCCGCGGGCCCCAUGGCGGCGGCCGAGCCUCCCAAUGAGGCGCUGGAGACGCCGAAGCUGGCGUCCAAGGGUGAGGUGGCGUCCAAGACCACGCCGGUGUCCGCCGACGAGAUGCGCGCCGUGGCGCGCAAGUUCGCCGACCAGCCCCUGCAGAACCCGGAGCCCGGCGUCUGGGCCGUCCUCACGGCCAUCUCCAAGAACGCCCGCCUUCGCCCCGAGGGGAUGAACAUUCUGUUGAAUGCUGACGAGCACAUCCUAGGCCGCAUGGUCGACAACCCUCGCUUCAGGAUUUCUUCUUUGUCAGUCAGCGGGACGCAUUGCAAGAUAUAUAGGGACACUGUGUUGGCGGAGCUGAACCGCAAUGAGCCUGCGCCUGUUUUCCUCAAGGACACAAGCACGAAUGGCACAUACAUCAACUGGAAAAAGUUUACGAAAAAAUCAUCUCCGACCAAACUUAAUCAUGGGGACAUCAUAUCAUUUACCACAGCUCCUCAUAAUGAUGCUUCCUAUGCAUUUGUCUAUCGCGAAGUUAAUGCUGUCAGUUGCGUAGAGAAUGGAGCUACCAUCCUUAAAAGGAAGUCUGGGGAGGUUGGUUCAGAAAGCAAGAGGCUAAAGGGUCUUGGCAUUGGUUCUGCUGAAGGUCCUGUUUCACUAGAUGAUGUUCGAAGACUUGAAAAAUCUAAUGCUGAGCUCAGGGAACAACUUGAGAAACAUGUUGUCACAAUUGAGACCUUGAGAACUGCAAGUAAACUAGCUCAAGAGCAGCAUGAAAAGGAACUGAUGGAGGUGAAAGAAACUACAUCAAGUAAUUAUCUUGGUCAAACGGAAUCUCUUCAUCUAGCACUAAAGGAGAAACAAACCCAACUAGAUUCCCUUAGCACACUAACUACGGACUUGCAGAAUUCCAUAAAAGAUCUGGAUGAGAGGCUUACUGCAUCGAAGCAAUCGCGCACUGAUGCUGAUGAGAUAAUUCACAGCCAGAAGGCAAAUAUAUGUGAGCUUGAGGAACAGCUAAGCGAGGAGAGAAACUUGAGAAUAGAGGAGCGUGAUAAGGCUGCAGAAGAUCUUAAAUCUGCAUUGCAUAAGGUGCAAUCAGAGGCUCAAGAGGAAAUCAAGAGACAGACCGAGAUUUACCUUAAACAACAAAGGGAACAGAAAGAGUUUAUUACCAAGCUUCAGGAAUCAGAAAAGGAGACUCGUUUGCGUGUGGAAACGCUGAGGUCCAAGCUGGAAGACUCUCGGGAAAGCCUUGUAACAUCUGAGAAAAGAGUAAGAGCGCUGGAAGCUCAACUUCAAGAUGAGCAGCUUGUAUCUACUAACAAUCGAAAGAAAUCAGAUAAUUUGGAAGCUGAAUUGAGAAAACUCAAGAAAGAACUCGAAAAUGAGAAGCAGGCUGCUCGGGAAGAAGCAUGGGCAAAGGUCUCUUCUCUUGAGCUUGAAAUAGAUGCUACAAUUAGAGAUCUGUCAAUUGAGAAACGGAGGUAUCAAGGAGCUAGAGAAAGAAUUAUUUUACGAGAGACCCAAUUGCGUGCGUUCUAUUCAACCACAGAAGAGAUCUCUUCUCUGUUUGCGAAACAGCAGGAACAGCUUAAAGCUAUGCAGAGAACUUUGCAGGAUGAAGAGAACUACGAGAGCACCUUAAUGGGUAUUGAUGUUGAUCUCAAUGAAGUACCACGAGCAAAUGCAAUCACUGAUGAUGCCCAUGUAAAGCCAGUAGACUAUGCAAAAGAUACAAUGGAAGCGUCUGGUGCUUCAACACAGAAUACCCAGGCAAGUGAACAUAGUUGCAGUGAUGAAGAUGCCAACAUGACUGAGCAGCAGGAUGGUGGCACCAGAGUUGAAGGGGGCACUCAAGACCUGGAGUGCACUAGUCCAGAAAGGUCAGUAGAGCAAUUCAGGCCUGAUUCUCAUGGUGAUGUUACUCCUAGGGCUCCUGAGCAGGAGCCUACAGAUACUGAGAAAUUUCCCGAGACAGAAAGCCAAGCUGGUAAUGUUGGCUGCAAUGAUCACAGUUCCACUCACGGCGAUAUGGGAGGAGAGACUAUGCAACUAGAGGAUGAAGUGCAGCCACAAGAAAAUGAGGAUUCUGCCUUAAUUUGCAAAGGUGGAGGGCAGACACCAGAAACUGAGGAACCAACCACAGCGUUAACCCUCAAAGAUGGCAUUGGUCAAUGUUCUGAAGAAAAACGUGAGGGCAAUGGCUCCGAGAACAAACCUGAGGACACACAGACAGGAACUAUUGUUACAGCUGACCUGUUGACCUCAGAAGUCCCUGGUAGCUGGGCAGUGGAGACAGGACCAUCUGUCAAUGGGGAGAAUGAUUCUCCAUGGAGCUUGGGUGACCCUCGUGGAGGACAGGAUGAUAAUGUUGGAGAAAGAGCAGCAGCUGAUGCUUUGACCAGUUUGGUGAACUCUGAUGGCCAAGCAGCUGGUAGCCAGACUAAUGUUGAUAAUGUCAUCACCAAAAUAUCGGAUGAUUGCCGUGUUCUUGGACAUAUGAUUGGACUUCUUGAUCCUGAAAAGAAGCUUGGAGGGGAUGAUUCUAUGUCUGAUGCCGAGACUGAUGAUAGCAGUGAAGCCAUGGUUGAGGAUUCUGUUGGAUAGGCCUAAAAACAUUUUUUUUCCCUCGUAAAUAUGGUUGAUCUUUAAAUUCUUCACCCUUCAAGUGGGGGUAUGAGCUUGUAUCAUUCUGUCUACUUUUUGGAAUGGACGUGGUCUUCCUUUUACUUUUACUUGAUAAAGAUUGUGCCAAUUGUUAUUUUCCUGAAGAACAGUAAUAUGUACCCAUGUUUGUUAUUCCUCUGAUCCUAAA